AUGCCCGUUACUAUUCGUCAAACUGCUCCUGAUUUCUGCCUGAACGGAGCUCAGGGAACCGAGACUAUUGAGAAGGUUACUCUGGAUAACUACAAGGGAAAGUGGGUAAUCCUUCUGUUCUACCCCAUGGAUUGGACUUUCGUGUGCCCUACUGAGAUCUUCGCUUACAAUGAUGCUGCGGAGAAGCUGGCUGCUGUGAAUGCCGUGGUUCUCGGAAUUUCUGGAGACUCUCCUUACACUCACCUUAGCUGGCUCAAGGCUGCUCGCUCGGAGGGUGGACUCGGUGGUCUGAUCAACAUCCCUCUGCUCUCGGAUGUCACCCGCGAGACCAUGAAGGCUUACGGAGUAUACAACGAGGACAAGUCCGGUCUGGAUUACGCUCAGGCCUUCCGUGGACUGUUCUUGAUCGAUCCUAACCGCAAGAUCCGCCACAUCUACAUUAACGAUAACGGUGUGGGUCGUAAUGUGGAUGAGACCAUUCGUGUGAUUAAGGGACUCCAGUUCAGUGACGAGCAUGGAGAAGUGUGCCCUGCGAACUGGCAUGAGGGACAGACCACUAUUGCCCCCACCAAUGCCGGUAUUUCUAAGUUCCUGGUCAACUUGAAGAAGUAAGACUAUAGAAUCGUGUA